AAUUUGAUUUUUCUUUGCCCAGUUUGCCGUAAUUUGUACACGUUUCACAUUCACAUGCCAGUUUGAAAUAUUAUUUACUUUCUCUAGUGGUGUUAUGCACAAUAUUUGAUUUAAACAUUAAAGAUAAAAUAAAAUAGCAUAAUGUCCGGGAAGGGAAACAAAGCUUUCACUAAAGAAGAGGAGUUGCUUCUUCAAGACUUCAGCAGAAAUGUAUCAACAAAAUCAUCAGCGUUAUUUUACGGGAAUGCAUUUAUUGUGUCCGCGAUCCCUAUCUGGUUGUUCUGGAGGGUUCACGCUCUAGAAGUAAGCACGUCACUGGCAUGGUUUGCCUUGGUCACCACAGCCAGUACUUGGCUCCUGGCUUUGGCGUAUCGGAAUACGAAAUUCCACUUGAAGCACCGCGUCGCCGUCCGUCGGGAAGAUGCUGUCGCUCGUGAAAUGGCCAGGAAACUUGCCGAUGAAAAGAAAAUGAGCAGAAAAGAGAAGGAUGAAAGAAUCCUGUGGAAGAAAAAUGAAGUAGCUGACUAUGAAGCAACUACAUUCUCAAUAUUCUACAACAAUGCUCUCUUCCUGACAAUUGUGAUCCUCAGCAGCUUCUACUUGCUGCGUUCGUUCACACCUACUGUUAACUACAUAGUAUCACUCUCUGCUGCAUCUGGUGUACUGGCUCUCCUGUCCACGGGUACCAAGUGAAAACGCUCAGUGUGUGUGUGGUUGUGAAGUGAAUGUGAAAGUAUUGUACUAGACUCAUUGACGUAAAUUAUAUACAAACAAUUUGAAAAAGGAAUAUAUAAAAUAACCAACAAAAGUUAAUAGUUUUAUUAGUAUCUUCAUAACUGUAACAUUCUCAGCAUAAUAGUGAAAUAAGUUGUGUUUUCUAUUAAAUAAAGUCCAUUUGUUAACAUAAAAUUCUGCAUUUUACAUCAAUGAUUGGAGUGUGUGUUUACUCAGAUUUUAAAUUAUUGUGUUUGCUAUUUCUGUUAUAUUUUUUAAAUGAAUUUAUAGUGGGUAAGAAAUAAAAAGAAUAAGCUUA